GUGUUCUUCCACCUCAGGCUGCUCAGUGUUCUCACCGCUGUGUUCAGGCCUGGCGCCUCACGGUCGUGAGAUGGCUGCUGCAGCUCCAGACACCACAUCACCACGAUUUAGCUGCCUGUGAAGGAUGGGAGUAAAGGGGACAAGGUUUUCAUGAGACCGUCUGUUCCUCAGGGAGAAAUAGGAUUCCCUGAAAUCCGGCUAUAGCCUGCUUUAGAUGGAGAAAGUGGUUUACACCUCACGGGUUCAUCGGAGAUGAGUUCAGCCUCCUCAGAGCUCUGGGGGAGAAGCAUCUUACGGAAGCCAAGGCCCUCCCCUGUCUCUGUCUUGGGAAAAGCAGGAAGGACAGGAGAAAUGGCUCUUCCCCUUUUGGGGAAGUGGUUGUUGUGGAAACCCCUGACAGUCCCGGCCAGCACAUCCUGUCUCCUGUGUCAGCUGCAGGCUCUGCCCCUCUGCUGUGGCUCCGGGACUGCCCGGGCUGCAGGGCUCUGGGCCAUGACCCCCCAUCUCCCCACCUUCCUGGGCCUCGCUCUCUGCAUGGGCCAGGUGAUCCGGACGCAGGAGGGGGCCCUGCCCAGGCCCUCCAUCCGGGCCGACCCGAGCUCUGUCAUCCCCCGGGGGCAGCCUGUGACCAUCGAGUGUCACAGCCCCGCUGGGUUUGAUACAUUUCGCCUGGAGAAGGAGGGAACCGGCAGUCAUUCAGACAUGGAGAACCCACUGCACGAGACGGUGGCCAGAUUCCCCGUCCCUGCAGACGAGGACAUUGCUGGGCACUAUUACUGCAUCUACCUUAAAGGGUCCUGGUCCGGGCGCAGCGAGCUUCUGGAGCUGCGGGUGACAGGAGACACGCAGACACAUGCAGAGGACAGUAACGAUGGCGGCCUGUUGGCAGAGCACAUAUAUAUUCUCGCUGGGGUUUCUGUGGCCUUUCUCCUUUGUCUCCUUCUCCUGAUUGUCUUCCUCCUGCGCCAGCAUCAGAGAAAACACAGGCCCCUCAGCAGCACAGGCAAGGAGCAGAUGCCCCAGGAGAGGGCCUGCCCAGCUGUGGACGCCUUGGAGAGGACACCAGAUCUGGCCACAGUGGACAGGCUUCCUGAGAAGGACAGGGAGAUAUGCACCUCAACCCCCGCUGCAGGAGACCCCCAGGAGGUGACGUAUGCUCGGCUGGACCAUCGGAUGCUCGCACAGAGGGUGGCCCGAGCUGCAUCCCCACAGUCCGCAGAGCCCACGGCCGAGUCCAGCACAUACGCAGCCCUCGCCAGACACUGACUCGAGGCUGCCUGGUCCCUGCUCCUAGAGAUGCAGGAAGGCACUCUCGCCAAAGCCUGAAGUGGUCAUUUGGGGGGCUUCCCUAUGGAAUCAUCUGCCUCUGGGAAGUCAUCCAGUCGUCUCUCCUGGAGGCAACAGCUGAGUCUGGAGGUCCCCGACCAACACUGAGGAGAUUUAUUAGCCAUAUGGUCCCUCCUAAAAUCAACUGGCUCUUUGGAGGGACAUGUAGCACUUGUUUCCAGAAACCCAGCUAGACACUUGGUUGUUUCCAGGCACCCAGCUACAAUCACAUGGCUGUUUCCAGAGACCCAGCUACAAAUCACUUGGCUGUUUCCAGAGACCCAGCUAUAGUCCUACAGUCACCCAGAUGACUCCAGAUAUAUCCUGUGCGUCCCCAGCUGCCCCAGAGACUGUUUCAAUUGUCUGCUUGGCUGACUCUCAAGAUCUUCCUAGAGUUCAGCUGUUGAUCUUGAACCUGCUGUCCUAACGCAGCAGACGGCGGAAACCCCCUUUUCUGGAUCAUGCUUCCCUUUGUUCAUCAAUAAAUGUCUGCACAGGACCAGCCCACA